AUGACAGUUGAGGUGCUGGAAGCUAAGGCUGUUGAUAGGAGGAAUGUGUUGGUUGGGAUAAGAAUAGAUAGCCAUAGCAGAGAACUGCUUAGCUGGGCUAUUGUAAAGGUUGCUGAACCUGGUGAUUGUGUUAUUGCUGUUCAUGUUUGUGACAGUUCUGGCCAUGCUUUGAGAGACAAGCUUUUGUUGGAUAGUUAUCUACAAGUCUAUGAUGGCCUAUGUUCCAUGAAGAAGGUAGGCCUCACUGGUCAGAUAGCCAAAGGGAUUUCGGUUCGAAGGACUCUGGUAAGAGAGGCAAAGAACCUUGCUGCUGUAGCCGUAGUUGUGGGGAUCAGUAGCCAGGGUGCUCUAAGGGGUUGGGCUUCUACCGCUAGGUAUUGCUCCAAGCGACUGCGUCCAAACACAGAUGUUUUGGCCAUCUACAAAGGAAAAGUUCUGUUUAGAAGGUGCAACAACAAUCAACUACCAGCCUUCGGUGGAGAUCCAAAACCAAGUUUCAAUAUAAAUGAAAAAUUCAGUUUUAGAGAAAUCCAAUCUGAAUUCGCCGAUUCUGAGGCAGAUACUGAAAUAUCUGGUUUUGAACUGAAAUCAAGAGAUGAGAGUGGAGACUCAAAGGAUGAAGUUUUCAGCAUUGUAAGUGUACAGACCUGGUUGGCCCCUCCUUCGAAGAGCAAGUUCAGCCAUUCCACAGAACUUGCAUUCCAGGGAGCAGUCUGUAGUACAGUGGACAAUGAGCUUACCAGAUCGCUCCCUCGACAAACUCCUCGAGUUUCAACAGCAGAAGAAAGAGAGAGAAUUAACAUCUUGGAGGAGAGCAAUGGUAGUAGUUCUUAUCCAGUAGGUGAACCAGAAAAUGGCUUGGAUAUUCUGCUGAAAGUAAGCUCAUCCAGCUGCAUAUGGUUCAGCUUCGAAGUUCUGAAAGAAGCAACUUCGAAUUUUCACUCAGAAAACUUGACUGGGAAAGGUGGAUGUAACCGUGUAUACAAGGGGAUUCUUCCAGAUGGCAAGCCAGUGGCAGUGAAGGUUCAGAAAUCAUCCCAGGAAGCAGUGAAGGAUUUUGCUCAUGAAGUUGAAAUCAUCUCUACGUUGAACCACAAGUACAUCACCCCUCUUUUUGGGGUCUGCAUCAGAGCUACUGAUCUCAUUUCUGUCUACGAUUUUUUGUCUAAAGGGAGCUUAGAGGAAAACCUACAUGGAAAGAGCAAAGACAAAUCUCCAUUGUCAUGGGAGGUGAGAUUGGAUGUAGCUGUUAAAAUUGCAGAAGCCCUAGACUACCUGCACAACGAAUGUUCUCGGCCUGUUAUUCAUAGAGAUGUCAAAUCUUCAAACAUUCUUCUUUCAGAUAGAUUUGAACCACAGUUAUCCGAUUUUGGGCUGGCAAUAUGGGGACCGACAACUACAUCGUUUGUGACCCAAAGCAAUAUUGUUGGAACAUUUGGGUAUCUUGCUCCUGAAUAUUUCAUGUACGGAAAAGUCAGCGACAAAAUUGAUGUCUAUGCUUUUGGCGUAGUUCUACUUGAAUUGCUAUCAGGAAGAAAACCAAUUAGUUCUGAGAGUACCAAGGGCCAAGAGAGUCUGGUCAUGUGGGCAAAACCAAUAAUAGAGAGUGGGAAUGCUAGAGGCUUAGUGGAUCCAAACUUGAACGGAAACUUUGAUGAGGUUCAAAUGCAGAGAAUGGUUUUUGCAGCAACACUUUGCAUUACACGAGCAGCUAGGCUACGUCCUAAAAUGAGUGAGAUACUGAAGCUCCUAAGAGGAGAAAAAGAAAUGGAAAAGUGGGUGAACCCCCAAAAUAAGGAUCUUCAGGAUCCAGAAAACCAGGAUAAUGAUGAUGAAGUUUAUCCAAACUCUAGUGCGGAGUUACAUUUAAGUCUUGCGUUGCUUGAUGUUGAUGAUGAUUCCACAUCAUUUAGUAGUUCGGAGCAUGGAAAUAAUCUCUCUAUUGAGGAAUAUCUUAAAGAUAGGUGGAGUCGAUCAUCAAGCUUCAAUUAA